GCCGAGUCGCCGGCCACGUCCGUAUCCAUAUCGAUAUGCCCGCGAACCAACGAACGCCAUAGAUAAACGCCACGUCUAUGUCACGUACCGACCGCAUUCUGUAAGCCGGUAUUGACAAGAGUGUGUAUUACUGCUGACACUGUUUCGAUCCAUAACCCCGAGGACGUCGAAAAUGUCUCGUGUAAGCGCGAGCGCAUUAUUAUGCCUCCUCGCGCUCUACGUGUGCUCGCACGUUGCCGUCGCGGCCGACCUUGCGGAUCCGGACUUGGUUGUCAGAAAUGUCGAGCGGCACAUCGAUUUACAGUCCCAGCUAACCAAGAUCACGACCCGCGUGGUGUUGGACAACAACAGUAAGGAUCGCGCCAUUCAGAAGUUCCUCUUUUCUUUAGACGGCGCUCAGAAGAAGACUCUCAGUUAUAUAGCGGCACACGUGGAGCCGGGCAAGUUGGAGCUCAAGGUGACAGAGGCGAAAGUAGAGGCGCAUCGCGACAAGGCAUUCUAUUCCGUCGAUCUUACCAAUAACUUGGCGCCUCGUCGCACCCUCACCAUUGAAGUGGAGACAGUAUUUACGCACGAGCUGGUGCCACAUCCCAAAGAGAUCGUUCAGCAGGAGAAACAGUUGGUUAAGUACACGGGUAAUGCAUACGCUUACUUGCCUUAUUCAGUAACCAAGCAGACCACCUAUGUGGCAUUGCCGUCACGUAACAUUGAGAGCUACACCAAGCUCAAACCGGUUUCGCAGACUGGCUCGGCGAUAGCUUAUGGACCGUUCGAGAAGCAGCUGCCUUUUGCUUACGAGGAACUGACGGUGCACUUUGAGAACAACAACAAGUUCCUUACAGUGACCAGCCUCGAAAGAACCAUUGAGAUUUCUCACUGGGGUAACAUAGCUGUCGAAGAGCGCAUCGAUCUCUUGCACACCGGAGCUUUGCUGAAGGGACCUUUCUCCCGCUAUGAAUACGCUCGAGAGUCUAAAUCUGGACAGGCCAGUAUCCAAAGCUUUGACACGGUUCUGCCAGCUGCCGCUUCUGACAUUUAUUACAGAGACGAGAUUGGUAACAUCUCCACAUCGCACACCCGCAUCAAGAAAGACUCGGUGGAGUUGAAUCUACGGCCGAGAUUCCCGUUGUUUGGAGGCUGGAAGACUCGUUACACGAUCGGUUACAGUGUACCUAGUUACGAGUACCUGUUUCACUCUGGAGACGAAUACACGCUGCAGAUGAGGCUGCUGGAUCACGUUUUCGAUGACAUGGUCGUGGACGAGAUGGUCCUGAAGAUCAUUCUGCCGGAGGGCGCGCGAAAUAUGAAGCUGGAGCUACCGUAUUCUGCAACUCGCUUGCCGGAUUCUCUGCAUUAUACAUAUCUAGACGUAACUGGUCGUCCAGUGGUGUCUGUAACUAAGAAGAACCUGGUGGAGAAUCAUAUUCAGAGCUUCAGGUUUAAGUACACAUUCCCGCGUUUGUUGAUGCUGCAGGAGCCGCUGCUGGUCGCAGUGGCGUUGUACUUGUUGUUCCUGUUAGUCAUAACUUACGUAAGACUAGACUUCUCCAUCGAUAAGGAUGAGGCGUCCGAGAGCAAGUUGAGGAUUGCCGGGCAGUGCGAGAAGAUACUGGCCGCUCAGGAUCGCAGAGUCACGUCGUACAACGAGCUGGACGAUCAGCUGGCGUACCUGAAGGCGAACAAGGACGCGAACGCGUUCCUAGCCACAGUGAAGGGUAUCAAUCAGGAAUACAAAGCGGCCACCAGUUCGCUUAACGAGAUCGCGCAGAAGCUGAAGGGCGAGUCCGGCGAUGUGUACGAUCGCGUGCAGGAGCUGCAGAAGUGCGAUCGUUCCCUGAAGGAGCUCUACAAUCAGCAGCAGGCGUUGUAUGUGGAUAAAUUGGUCCCAGGAAAGAUUGGUCGUCAGCAAUUUGUCGAGGCGGAGGCGGUGAUUGCGAAGAAAAAGGAGGAGUGCGUGGAAAAGAUCAACGCGAUCGUAAAAUCCCUCCAAUGAUCGCAUUUCUGCAAACAAACUUAAGACUUGAAAGCAACGAUGAUGCAUUUGCAAUACAGUAACAUAACUUGUCGCAUCUGUUAAUAUUUCAUCCGCGAGUACGAAUGAAGUAAGGAUUCCAUACUUUUACAAAUGCAUUGAGUCAUGAGAAAACUUUAUCUGUAUAUCGUAAAUUAAGAUUUAUAAUAAAUAU